ACAUAAAAACAUUUUGAAAGAAAGACCUAAAAUUAAAUAAACAAAAUGCCAAAAAUAGCAAAAAUAAAUAGUUCUAGUGAUAGUUAAUUUACUGCUUUGAGUCAAUUAAAUUUUGGUUUAACGAUUUGUGUACGUUUGUUGAUUGGUAAAAUUCACAUUUUCCUUUCUGAUAUGCAAUCGUUUUGUUCGGUUUCCUUGUGCAGUACAUGUACACGGCAAUAAUAUAAAUUGUGUGAUAUGUAUUGGAUGUAUGCUGUUUAGUGUUUACAAAAACAAACUAGAAAAAUAAAAACGCAUCGACUGCGGAAUUUAAAUCGAAUUUUCACAUAAUUUUAUAGGUUUGUCGUUGCUUGUGAAAAUGACGAAAAAUCGUGGCUAGCAGAAAACGAGUGUGAAAGCAAAGAGAAAUAAUAUCGGUCCACGAAUUUACCUUCAUUUUGUUCUUUAAUAUCGCAACUGCAGACUAUAUUUUCUCGACACAUUCGUACGACAUGUCUAGUUCGCCAUCACACAGUGCCACAAAGAUACCAACAAACAACAGUGCGGAUGGACCGCAAACACAAGGAACUAAAGAUGAUGACAUGAAUAAAUAUUUAAUGGAACCACAGGAACGACCACUGAUCAUACGUACUAGCAGAGCAUUCAGACACUUUAAAAAUCCACCACAGCCUCACAUGUGCAUCAGAGAUCAUACCGUUGAUGGCCAUGAGCUAUUCAUUAAUGUCAUGAGUUGGACCCGAAUCGUGAUGCCACAGAAUUCGGAUGAUCCAAUUCCAUUGUAUGGGGGGAUGAAGGUUCUGCCAGGCAGUCCACGAUCUCCGCCUUUAGUUUAUGCUGUCAUGGCUAAUCCAGAUUUUCUAAAACAUGUCGGUCGCAAUUGUCCUGACUUAGAGGAGAAACGUGUUUUAAUUGAGCUAAUGUGUGACUUCGUAGAGGCUAUGAAUCCUGGUCUGAAACUUGCAAGGGAAGCUGAAGUUCUAAAAGAUCGAGACCUAUCCGGCGAACUAAAAGAUAUCUGGGGUGCUGUACAGGCCCAACGGGAACGCGAAAAGGAUGGUCCUAGUACAGACACAACGGCUGCACCAUCCUAUGAAAAUUAUCUGGCCGCCCAAAAACAGGUGACGUACAUCGAAUUCGGCCCUGAUUUUGCAGCGGAACAAGCUGCUCAGGUAAUGCAAAACGAGUCGCCUUACCAAACGCAACAAUCCACACAACAAAUCCAACAGCCAAUACCAAAUGAUGAAUCAUCAAACGAUCUGAAUAAAUCAUCGCCCUCAAGUGCAAUUAAUUUAACCAACAAGUCAAUCAACGGUAAGAAUAGCAAAGACAAAGUCAAUUCGAGCGAAAAAGAUGGUGAAGAUAAACUGGACAGUGUUGAGAAAUCGAAAGAAAUCUCGUCGGACGUGCAAACGAACGCCGAUUCCAAACCGGUUAAGCCAAUAGAAGCUGAAGCAAAUACUACGCCAAAUAAGAAAACAAAGUCUGGUACCGAUGCCAGCUCAUUGAAAUCUCCUACUCCCCCCACUGCCAACACAAAUCCGAUAGCGGCGAAUAAUGCAGUCACACCGCCCGCAUCAAUGAAAAAAGAAAAACUCGGUGGCUUCUUGCCGAACGGUUGUCACAACAUAUUCCCGUUCAUUAAGUCAAAGAACAAUCACAGCAAGAAAGAUGGCAAAGAGAAGAAAAUGAAAAAUGUCAUCGAUUUCGUGAGCAAUUCAAAAAUUGAGAUUAACAAUAAGAUGGCAACGGAGAAUGAGAGUGGAUUCAAGGAUGAUGCCAAUGUGGAAAAGAUGCAAAAGUUAAAAUUGUAGGUUCGAUGAGGUUUUGGUUUGGAUUUCUUUUUCUUUAUCUACGCUCUUUAUUUUCCUCUCGUGUUUGUUUGAUGGAUUGAUUGAUUGACGAAAGUAAUUUAGAUACCGAUGCUAGCUUAAGUUUAAGUUUUGCCACACAACAUCUUAACAUACAACGUCAGGUUCCAACGAUAAAAUUUAAUUUAAAAAAAAAUGAAGCCAGUGAAAAUGUUCCAAUUGCUAAUUAAUGGCCGCAGAAGUCACAGUGAUUAGUCUUUUAAAAAAAUGAAUCGUCUGUCUUUGUAUUAAAAAAUAAUUCUCCGACUCUACAUGACCCAGUCUUAUGCAUUUAGACACACAACACUUACGAUUGGUGUGUUAUUUCAAAUUUUUAUGAAUUUCGG